GAACGGCAUCGCGGGUGCUUGUCAGCUGUCACUUGGCAGAGAGGUGGCGCAGUUUUUCUUUCUCCGCCAUCAUCUGAUGACCCCGUUACCUUUACAGCUACAAUACGCCAUGUCACGCACGGCUGCCGGCUGUCAUUGACUAUUCUGAGCGCUAUCGCGGGAGAAGGAAAAUCGGGAUCUUUGUUUGGUGUGAGCUGGGCACCGCUUGUCCAAAGAAAAACGAUGUUGAACCCCGUGUCUGAUGUUAUCCAGCGAACGCUGCGACUGUAUGACUGGUGCCUCAGCAUCUCAGAUAAACGUGUUGAAAAAUGGCCGCUGAUGCAGUCUCCUUUGCCUACACUGGCAAUAAGUACAGUCUAUCUCCUUGUUGUCUGGCUGGGCCCAGUGUUUAUGAAGAAUAGAGAACCCUUCCGGUUACGCUACCUGCUGAUUGCUUACAACUUUGGGAUGGUUAUCCUGAAUUUCUUCAUAUUUAAAGAGCUGUUUCUUGGUGCAAAAGCUGCUGGAUAUAGUUAUAUAUGCCAAACUGUUGAUUAUUCAGAUGAUGAAAAUGAAGUCAGGGUGGCCUCAGCUCUCUGGUGGUACUACGUUUCAAAAGGAGUGGAAUAUUUUGACACAGUAUUUUUCAUACUAAGGAAAAAAUUUAACCAAAUUAGUUUUUUGCACGUAUAUCACCACUGCACAAUGUUCACACUUUGGUGGAUCGGAAUCAAGUGGGUUGCCGGAGGACAAUCAUUUUUUGGAGCACACAUGAAUGCCCUGAUCCAUGUUGUGAUGUACUUAUACUAUGGGUUGGCUGCCUGUGGACCACAUCUACAGAAGUAUUUAUGGUGGAAACGCUAUCUGACAAUAUUGCAACUGGUUCAAUUCCAUGUGACAAUCGGACAUACAGCUUUAUCACUGUACAUUGAUUGUCCAUUUCCCAAGUGGAUGCAUUGGGCUCUGAUUGUAUAUGCCAUCACUUUUAUUAUUCUUUUUGCUAACUUCUACUAUCGGACAUACAAUGCUCCCAAAGCAGCAACUAAAAGCGGGAAAUCACUCACAAAUGGAAAGACCUCUGUUAAUGGCAAGUCCUCCAUGAAUGGCAAGUCCCCCGUGAAUGGAAAGUCCCAAAUGAAUGGAAAAUCGUUAAUGAAUGGAGCAGUUAAUGGAGCUGUAAGCAAGCAAGAUUAUAAAGUUGGGCAAGAAAAUGGUCGUAAAAGGAGAAAAGGAAGAGCCAAGCGAGAAUAGGAAACACAAAGCCUUUAAACUGCUAUGUGGAACCUCAAACCUAGGGUGUGGCACUCCUUUAUCUUAAAUAGGCAUAAGGCAUACAGUUAUUUCUAAUUACGUAGAUCAGGUCUGACACAGCAAUUCAAAACCUAUUUAGGUAAAAGUAUUUGCUGGCGUUAUUUCUCAUGUAAUUAUUGUGACGCUGGCACUACCCCUUACCCAGCGAUUAAGCUCUAAUUAGGAAUAUUCUAUUUUUAACAUUUCUCUGAACAAAGACAUGGAUUUGAAGAAGAGUCCCUUUUUGGCUUUCAAGCAGUCAGGGAGAUACUGGUGAAUAAUCUAUAGCAGAAGGAUUUCUGGAACCAGCAAUUUGGAGGAUUAAAUGGGAGGCAGAAAUCACUGGAAGCAAAGUCUCCUAAUCUUUUAUUAUGCCAAAAUAUUAUGGCACAUUUGCCUCAUUUAGUCAUAGUGAAAGUUGCAAUUAUGUCUAAUUGCCGUAAUUAUGCAAAAACAAGAAGGUGGUAUUUUAUCCUACAGCGUCUACUAGUGUCUAGAACAGACAUAAAGCAACAUUAGUAAUGGCAAAACUAUGAUAGAAUUAUUAACCCCAUGAUGUCUAACUGUUUUUCUACCCUGUAGGAAUUGAUUGUUGAGUGGCUUGUCUGUGAAACGUCCUGCAACCGACCAGAUUUUAGCUUAUAACAUUUAACAGCCAUUAGCAAGUAAAUUCGAACAAACAGUUUGAUAUGCGCUUCCGUUUAAAAAAUGAAAUAAAUAAAUAAAAAUAAAAAUAAUAAUAAUAAAUACACCAACUUUCAGUAUCCCCCAAUUGUCCCAAAGUUUCCCUAUAGUCCACCAAGGUCCGGAGCCGAAGAUGGUAACCCAGAAACCGCUUCCACAACUGGCGAUCGCUUCUAAACCUUAAAACACAGAAGAAACAAAAACCGCACCAAUGUGAAAAACUUCCAAAGCCAGUAUCAAGGCCCUGCUCUGGUUACUACUCACAGGAUUUCCCGGACACGGCUUUCACACAAGAACAGAUCUGCGGUGAGGUAAGUCUCAGCUUGUCCUCCUAUGCGAUGCCGCUAGUAUACUUCACAAUUUCACGGUCCUGUGCGCUCGCUAUCUCUGCGAUUCUGUUCCUGAGCGUUCAAGUUGAUUUGUAUCCCACAGUCUUGGCGUCCUUUCAUACACUUCCCAGGUCAGUCAGGGUCAGGCACUCACGGGUUGAUCAAAGGAUUGGGAAUGCCUUGUGCUUGCCUCCACCCAUUGUAUGUGCAUUUGAUUGCAAUCAAAUGCACAUACAAUGGGUGGAGGCAAGCACAAGGUUUAGAAGCGAUCGCCAGUUGUGGAAGCGGUUUCUGGGUUACCAUCUUCGGCUCCGGACCUUGGUGGACUAUAGGGAAACUUUGGGACAAUUGGGGGAUACUGAAAGUCGGUGUAUUUAUUAUUAUUAUUUUUAUUUUUAUUUAUUUAUUUCAUUUUUUAAACGGAAGCGCAUAUCAAACUGUUUGUUCGAAUUCGAUUUUUGGGGUGGAAUCCCUUUGUAUUUUGCACAUCCGAAGUCUACUACAUUUUUGCGCAAGAUUUAAACCAUUGUCUAUUAGCAAGUAAAUGUCCACUGUAUCACUUUUUGGCACAUAUCAGUCUAGCAUUUUUUUAGGGAUACCAAGCUUAAAACAUAUGUUGCUCUUUUAUGAGAAACGAUAACUGUAACAUACAGAAUGUAUGCUCAUAUGUAUCAAUACCUUGCUAUGAACUAAAGAACUGUAUAUAAAGUUUCAGGUGCAGUUUUUGCUCGGGGUAGGGAAUUUCCUACUUUAUUAUAGUUACUUUUAGUAUGACAAGAGAAAAAAAGUGAAUAAAAAACGUCCUUACACAGAAAACCAGGCACAUACCAGUAUAUCCUAACCCUUAGGUUUUCUUUUAGCUGCAUGUUGCUUUGUGAAUAUAACAUACUGACUGCUUUCCAUUUACGAACUGCUUCUUGCAAUUUAAACAAACAUCUUGCAUUGCACACAUAGUUGUGAAUGAUUGCACACUUCCAAUAUGCAUCAAACCUGUCAUUCUUUUGACUUUGUACAUAGUGGAAUGUAAUUGAAUAACCCCUGCAGCUUUUCAGUUGUUUCCAAAUGAAUAGGUUAAUGAUUUCUAAUAGAAGAGCGCAUGAUUAUAUGUAUUCUAUGGAAAUUUAAACUUAAAAAUGGGAGUGAUACGCAUUUCCAUGUUUAGCAACAUGCUCAGACAACAGUAAUUUGGAAUAAUCAGUGAUCUGUAUACAUGGAAUACAAUGCAUUUAAAGCAUUGUAUGAAAGAGCGUCUUGCAACUAAUUGGCUUCUUGUUAAAAUGUAAAGCUAGACAACCCUCCUUAAGCUUCAGUUUUACAACUAAUUAUUUAAUUGCAGUGUAUUGAAUAAAGUCAUGGCAUGCACCAAGAAUCUAUGCCUGCCAGUAGGGGUGUAUCUUCACAGCCCAUGCAAGAAAAAUUUCUGGGCCCCCUCCACCUUGUACACAUCCUGGGAGGGUCCAGCCCACAGUCCCAGAGUCCUGCUUGAUGCAUACAACCUGCCAGGAAUGGCCUCCUCUGCAACCUAACCCCUUAGUUAUUUGCAGAGGAUUAAAGGUAAAUAGUUCCACGUGCAUGUGUCAACCCAUAGGUCAUGGGCUAAUGGAGCAUUGGCUCCCCUGCUCUUAGCCUGCGUGUUUUUUCAGGCUGAGAGAAGUGAAUCCUCUCAGUGCCCCAGCUCCAUACAGCUGUACCACUGCCGCUUGCAUGCAGUUACACAAUGCAGAUAAGAGGUCAGCCCAAAUAUGUAAAAGGCAAUUUCAGGCUGAUCUCCACUCUACUACAUGCAAGGGGGAUGCAGUUAAAAUGAAUGGAGCAUAUCUGCUUUUUUCAGCCUGAAAAAAUUAAGGUGGGUUGAGCAAAUGCUCCAUUAGCCCGUGGCCUUAUGAUAUGCAGAACCUACUCUGUUAGAGAACUUGACUUCUUUAAUGGCUAAAAACACUGAAUUAUAUUAAAAUAACAGUGAAGCUCUGAUGCCUCCUUUAAAUUUGAGGUAUUUGUUUUAUGUUAAUUGCACACAUUGGUACUGGUCAAAAUGCAGUGUUCCAUAGUUCCAGGUACUCCCUGGCUUUACUCUCCAGUAGAUUAUUUUGUUGCUCAAUGGCAGGGGACAGAAUUCUCAAAAUUGUCCCCAUUCAUUUUGAAUGGGAGUCGCAUGCAAGUGCCUGUUGUAGAAAAUUGACAAUUGCUUAUCUCUUAAAAAUGUGACAAAUAUGGGCAAUAUGCACCCAUCACUUGAAGACCGCUCCUAUCAAGAGUGAAUGGGUGACAAUUUUUUUGUGUUGUGUCCCCCUAACCUUGGAGCUACAGAAUACUCUGGCCACAAGCCAGUUGAAAACAGACUUUCAGCACUCCCAUAGCUCUCCCUCUGACUGACUUCUCUUUCCCACUGCAACUGUAAACAUGGAGUACUUUGGAGAAUUUUCACCACUACUUGGAAAACAAUGGCAGUUGAAAUGCCCCUAUCUGUAGUUCCGUAAACAGGUAACUGUAACUGUAUGGACGUCUCUGGCACUAUUGUGUUUCAGAACAUCGACUGGAGAGGAAGUUGGUGGUAAAGCUGAAAUUUGAAAAAAAAAAAUGAAAGCAAAGUACUCAUUUUUAUUGGUGCAGAAUUCAAAUUCAGGACUUUUGUUGUAGUUUGAACCCAGCAUACACUUACACCCAGAAAAGAAGGAAGGCGAUGUUGGUGGAACACCAAUGGUAUGUUAAAAACAAGCAUGUUUGCAACAUAUUAGACACUGGGCUGAUGGCUUUUAGUUGCUCUUAGCAUAAUAAUGGCAUAGGACAAAUGCUGGACCAGACAGAGGAUGCAUCUUUAUCUGCUUAAUUCCUGACUUUUGCAGUGGCUGCACUCAUUGUGGCAAUCAAUCUCUUUAUGUCUUGCAAAAAAAGUCUGCCAUGUUGGGUUCUGACAUAACUAUGCAACGUUUAUAUGAACAUUAUUCCUUUUCCCCACUGUCAUUAGCUGAUGUGAUUUACUGAUGUAUCAAUUCUGCCCUCCAGAAUCACCAAAAUGAUUUUUGAAGUCAAACUCCUAUAAUGCUGAAGCCAAAACCCUAAAAACUGAACAAAAAAAGCCAUACAAGGCAUUCUGUGUUUUUUGCAGUCAUAAUGUCUUUUAAGGCUAUUUCUUUUUGUCUUUUAAUAUAUAUAUGUUGAGAUUUUUGAAAAGUUUGUGACAUUAUUGACCAAUUCUCUUUAAAUGUAUUUAUCUUUAUGUUAUUUAUUUAUCUGAUCUGUGCUAUAACUUGUAUUGUCUUGUAUUAACCACUGAUCCAGUUUUGUUCUGCACACAUCAUUCUUGAAUGUUAAUGUAACAAUGUUGUACUCCCCUCUGGCAUGCAUGGGGUUAAAGGAUAAGCAUGAGCUCAUGUGUCCUUUCAAAAUGAAAUCAAUAAAAAUAUCAGACAUGUCUCAA